GCAGUAAACAACGAUACGAACAGAGAGUGCGUUUCUUGUUUAAUACUUUUCAACCACCGCGGAUAUUUUCAACGAGGUUUAAAAACCGUAAAGAUAAAUAGAAGUGGCAAGUUUGUGCAGAAGAAAUUAAAAGCAUGCAAUUUAAUAUUUCCUCAGGUCUGCGUGCACCCGAGUUGAUAUAUUUCUAUACGGAUGAAUGACAACUCACUCCAAGUGCCUCGGGAAAUGUUUUUCUUCUGGAGAAGCGCGUGAAACUGUUGGUUUGGUUUAUUGUAGGAUGCGCUGCUAAUGUUAGAGCUAGCAUCAGUCGGGCUAACCACAUUCCGUGACAAGGGGAAAGUAAGGAGUUUGUUGACGAAGGAGAAAACAUUGCGUUUUAAUAAAACAAGUUGUACACUUGCCCUUCCCGUGUUGGUUAAAGGUCCAAGCGACGUGAAUCAGACCAGAUAACUGUUAUAAUUCACAUACUUUAAACGUGUCGGCGGCCCUUAGCUAUGCUCCGCCAUUUUGUGUGUCAGUCGAAUGCUAAUAAUGGGCGCUCGCACUUUAUUUAUGCUAAGAAUAAAUUCCGUCCUCACUUAAAAUAUCCAAACAAAUGUUUUUUACCAAACUAGGCGAGCCUUUAGAUGAUGUUUCCGAGGUGACGUUACAGCACGGUCAGGGAUUUUGAUGAAAUUUAGAUUUAUGAUAAACGGCAGGUCAAGAACGUUAUUACACUAUUGCACGUUUCAUGCGAACCAUAACGUCCUUAAAUAGCGACUUCAUUAUUUAAAACAAAUCCGUCAUAGAUGUGUUCGUUUUAACUUGUCAUCCCAAGUAUCCGCGAGGUUCUAAAGUGCAGAUUUAUCGAGAUUCCUUUAAAACAAGGAAAAACUGAACUUGUUCGACUAACUUUACUUUUAAUCGCUUUCAUCCAUUAGUAACAACCAAAGUGGGUUAAAUGUGUCAGUAAGAGUCUGCAUACAGAGCUAGACCCUACAAAUUGACAUCAUAACUGUAAAGAAAUACAUAUUUUGGUGCUCGUUGGAGUGCUUGGGUCUGUCCGUCCUGCGAGCAGCAGUCGCCCUCUAGCGGCCCUGAGCGGAACUACGAGCGCCGCGCUGCUCUUUCGUGAGUUGCGGACGUUUUAGCCGCAGUCCAAACAUUGUUUUCGAGGCGAUGUCGGCAUAUUUGAAUAACGGAAAGCGCAGUUUUGUGUUGUUUACUAUAACAGUGUGUGCUGACCUACCUAAUUAAAAACGUCUUCGCGAAUUUCAUAUACGCUUUUUCGUUAUGGAAGUGAUUAUUAAUAGGCAUGUGAAGAUCACUGACCAUAGACGGUACAAUGACUAGUAUUUUAAAACUCAAGUCAUUUAUAAUAGAAAUCAAAGGAAAUAAAGCAUUUGUAUCCUAGUCUCAUAUUAUAUUGCAUUCAAAGUUUUCUAUGCCACCCACAGUAGAUUUUUUUGGUUUUGAAAUGCACUGAUGGGCCUCAACAAAGUCCUCAAGACUUGAAAUAAUUUAAAAUAGCAUUAAGGUAAAGAUGGCAGAGACAUCUACAAGUGAUGGUCCUGUCGUAGGAGCCGAUUUUGACAUGAUGAGUGCUCUUGAUUGGAAGGACGGCAUAGCCACCUUGCCAGGAAGUGACAUUCGGUUUCGGAUGACUGAAUUUGGUACCCUGGAGAUCGUCACAGAGGUGGAGCCCAAAGUUAAAGAGGCGGAGCUUACCGGCCCACAGCCUCAAACUACAGGCACCAACAACACUCAUUCUCCUGAUCAAAACAAGACGUCAAUUCAGACCUCAAAGCCCCAGUCAAAUACAGAGCAUCAGACAAAUACAGUGGUUUCCACUGAGCCCCACAGGCAGGCAGGGGGCAACAAUGCUGUGGAAAGCCCCAGUGUGAGUACAGUGCCCAAUGCCAUUGUUCCCAUGACUGAGGCGACUGCAAACUGCAGGUCAUGUGGUCACUCUGGUCCACGCGAAUCCUUUCUACAAGGCAAAUACUGCAGUGCUCCUUGUGUACAGCCCUCAAGUGGCAGGUCAACCCCAGCUGAGGCUGUCGAAGGGGAACGUUUAGGUAAACGUGUGAGAAAGAAGAAGAAGAUGUUUAUGGAAUCUGGAGAUGAAGAGGAGGACAACAUCGAGGAGGAAGAGGAGAAGGUUAAAUCCUCAAAGGGGAGACGAGCAGCUAAAGUUGCUAGACUAGUGACUGCACCUCUGGUUAAGAAGAAAACCUGGAGUUGGUCAGCGUAUCUAGAGGAGGAGAGAGCCAUUACUGCUCCCUUGAAACUUUUUAAGGAGCACCAGUCGUUUCCUCAAAGCAGGAAUGGAUUUAAAGUUGGCAUGAAGUUAGAGGGCUUGGACCCCAGUCACCCUGCUCUCUUCUGCGUUUUGACUGUUGCAGAGGUGCAAGGCUACAGGAUUCGGCUUCACUUUGAUGGUUACCCUGAGUGCUAUGACUUCUGGGUAAAUGCUGACUCAUGGGAUGUGAAGCCACCAGGCUGGUGUGAAAAAAUGGGCCUCAAGCUAUUGCUGCCAAAAGGCUGCAGAGAUGGAGAGUUUAACUGGAACACAUAUGUAAAGAACUGUAGGGGUCAACUGGCCCCCAAACAUCUCUUCAAGAGUCUUAAUACGUCGGUCACACCGUCAGGAUUCCGCGCCGGGAUGAAGCUGGAAGCCAUUGACAGGAAGAACCCAUCACUCAUCUGUGUCGCAACCAUUGCUGCUGCUGUCGACAACCGACUCCUCAUUCACUUUGACAACUGGGAUGAUUCAUAUGACUAUUGGUGUGAUGCCAGCAGUCCAUACAUUCAUCCGGUAGGGUACUGUGAGGAGGCCGAGUUAACACUCACUACACCUGCAGAUUAUAAGCCUCCCAAGGUUUUCACUUGGGAGAAGUACCUUGAGGAAACUGGAGCCCAGGCUGCACCAGCAAGAGCCUUUAAACAGAGACCACCACAUGGCUUCCAAGUCGGGAUGAAGCUGGAGGCAGUGGACAAGCGUAAUGCCAUGCUCAUCCGUGUAGCCACCAUCUCUGAUGUCGAAGACCACAGAAUCAAGAUCCAUUUCGAUGGCUGGAGUGAGGAGUAUGAUUAUUGGCUAGAUGCUGAUAGCCCAGAUCUGCACCCAGUAGGCUGGUGUCAGAAGACAGGUCAUCCUCUACAACACCCCAACGGUCCCAGAGUGUCUCCAGUGCCUCCAGGACAAGGCUGCCCAACCACAGGAUGCAACGGAGUCGGACACAUUAGAGGACCUCGGUAUGGGACACAUUACACGGCGGUGAGCUGUCCAUACUCAGAUGUGAAUCUGAAUAAGGACGGGCUGGUGCCGGACAGACUGAACGGAGAGAGACCGGUCACACUCAGUGGACCGCCGCGCCACCGCCGAGCUGAAACGCUCACUCAGACGCACCCUCCCACACCCAGCGCCGGCACCCCUGAACCCCCUGACACCACCACAGACGCCUGUCCUCCAGCUCACUCAGUGCGUGAGCACAUUGUGUCUGGCAGCGCUCCCAAAUGUGUCAAGCCACCUCAAGUGAAGCAGGAAGGUGACGGGAAAGAUUCUCUUCAGCAGUUCCUGCAUGAGUCUGUGUUUUGUGGAUGGGAGCCACCGAGGUUUCAUCUGUGUUGGGAAAAGCAUGGCAAACUCUUGCCUGAAGCUUUAGGCCUCACGGCUAAGAGUGUGUCCAAGUGGAACACAGAAGAGGUGGCAAGUUUUGUAAGAGGCCUGCCCGGAUGCAGAGAGCAUGCUGCCACCUUUAGGAAAGAGCAAAUCGAUGGCGAGGCCUUCCUGCUCCUUACUCAGUCAGACAUUGUUAAGAUUCUGAGCAUCAAGUUGGGACCCGCUCUUAAAAUUUACAAUUCAAUCCUCAUGCUGAAGAGCGCAGAUGAGGAGUAGACUGCUGCUCCAUCAAAAAACAUGUCUCGCCCCCACCGAUGUGUCCAGCAAACACAAAUGUUCAUUCAUUGGUCUCCUAGAUGGAUAUUGACAGAAUACGCCAAUUCAACAAAUUUUGUGAUCAGAAAUAUCACCGCACCUUAAGGCUGAUAUAGAUCUGAUGUCUCCCUUUCCGACUCUGCAAUCGCUCUUAAUUAGGACUGAUAUUCUCUUUUGAAACCAAUUCAUAUUAUACUCUGGGAGGGGGGAGUACACUACACUGAGGCACCUUAAAUUGUUCAAAGCUUAAACUUAAUUCUUUCAUUGUUGAUAUUUAUGUUUUUAUGGUUGCUAAAAUGACGGCUAAUUACGAUUGAAAGGCACAACGGUGGAGUUAUUACUUGAAAUGUUUUUUUUUUUUUUGUUAUAAAAAUGCAAAAAGACAUUUGUUUGUAAUUGAACACGCAUACUAAAUAAUCCAAGUGAGCCUGUUUGAGACCACUAGAGGGCAGCAGGAUUGUGUGUGUGUGUGUGUGUGUGUGAGAGAGAGAGAGAGAGAGAGAGCGUGUGUAUGUGAAAGACUUUUGCAAGCAUGUGUGAGUGAGAGAAAAAAAAAAGUAUAAAUGUGUGCUUGCAUCUAAUGUCAGGGAAUUCUUGCUCUGGGCAAAUCUGGAAUUGAAUGUCUCUGUUUGUACUUACUUCAGAUGAAAUGUUUGAUCUUGUAAAAUGCAUUUGUAAAUUGAAGAAUUGUAUAGUGAAUUGGACAGUGUGGAACGACUGAUUGGACUGACUCUAAAUAGAGUUAUGAAUAGAAAUGAGUGGGUGUGUGUGUGUGCUUCAAGCCUUUGAGACCCUGACAUUUUGCCUUGUACAUGCAUUCCUGAAUACUAAGACAGUUUGUUCUGUCAUUCACCGAACAAAAGCUUUUUGUACAUCUCAGACCUGCUGUAUAAUACAGCUGUAAUUCUCAGCUCUGCCUCAACUGAUUUUACAUGUUGUUCAUGUACUGGCUUGGAUUUGCAGUGCUUCUCAAAGUUGUCAGUAUAUGCACAUGCAUAUGCAGGUUGUUAUACAGUAGGUUCAGAAUAAUUGAUCCAGUUAGGGUUUGAAACUGGAGAAAAAUGUUAAAUUGGGGGUACAAAAAUUAAACCCUGAAUAAAUAUAGAUAAAAGUCUGCAGAUGCAUUUGGCUGUAAGUAAUAAAGGCAUUUAGAUGGUGAUGGAACAUUAAGAUCUGGGGAAUCAUCAUCACAGUGGUUAGGGUCAAGGAUGGGUUAAUAUCAGAUUUUGAUUGUUUUCUUUGGUUUAUGUGUGUGUUUGUAGAUUAAAUGUCUCUCUAAUCAGACUUUAUGUGUGACUGUGAGUUUUUUUUUUUUGGUUCAGUCUCAAAUGGAUGAAUGGAUAAAUUGAGUGAAAGAAUAAAUAAAAAUUUCCAACCCAA